UGUUGUCUUUUGCGAAUCAAUAUGUUAAGCUUUAUUAUUUAUGAAUACACACAUAUACUGUAUAUUAAGAUCAAUCUAUUCUGAGGAACGUUUAUCUUUCGGCCCUGAUCUUGGACUUUGUCUGGGCUUGUCUUGUUGCAACAGCUGAACGGGAGAAACCCGAUGACUUGGCAGAAACAUGUGAUCCAGAUAUAAAUAGUCAUUUUCAAUGGAGCGUGAUGAUCUUGUGAAACACACCGGGGGUUGUCACUGUGGGGCGGUGCGCUUUGAGGUGUACAGUGCCCCAGAUUUACAUGUGUUCAAUUGCAAUUGCAGCAUUUGUACGAAGAAACAAAAUCGUCACUUCAUUGUGCCAAAAUCCUAUUUUACCUUGCUGCAGGGCUCAGACAACCUAACCACGUACACAUAUAACACGCACACCGCAAAGCACACAUUCUGCAAAACAUGCGGUGUCCAAAGUUUCUAUACUCCACGAUCUAACCCUGAUGGAUUUGGCGUUGCGCCCCAUUGUUUGGACCCUGGAACGGUGAGAAGUAUAACAGUGGAGGAUUUCUGUGGAGAGAACUGGGAGGAAAGUAUGAAGAAGCAUCUGACUAUUAAAAGCAUGUCAAAACCAACAAAGGAUGUAUAAAUCAAUGUCUCUGAUGAGCACUUGAAAUCCACUAUUCAUUCUCAGAGAACUUAAACUGUGAUCAAAUAAAACAUGAGAACCUAUCACACAA